CAUGGCGUCGUGUUGUUAGCCGAUUAGCUUGAAUCACACAGGAUUUCACAUUAUUAUCCUUUUACUCAAAUAUUAAAGUUUGUUGGCGGCGUCAGUGUGAAGUGACGUGUUCAGGGGUUAAAGCCAAAUCGUUUAAAACUGUAAAUUGUGUAUUUCGUUGAAACAACGAUGUUUUCUUACCCCUGUCGCAGUGCUAACAGCUAGCCCCUAGCAGCUAGCCGCUAGCUUAGCAGCUAGCUGAGCCGCUAGCCCUCCUGCUCUCUGCGGGCGGACCGCAGCUCGCUGCCGGGGAGCCAUGGCGGAGGCGGAGGAGCUGCGGCCCGUGCCCCGGGAGAGAGCCAUCCUGGAGAGCUUCUUCACGCAGCUCGGCAUGUUCUCCUUCGACCGGGCCAAGGACUACGUGGAGAAGGAGAAGGACAACAGCAGGAGCUCCGGGCCGAGCUGGGCCGCGCUGCUGGCGGCGCUGGCUCACCUGUCCGCCGCGGAGAAGGCGUUUCACAACAUGACGUUCCUGGGCCAGAAGAUGGGCGGUCAGUCCUUCUUCAGCCGUAAAGACUCCAUCCGCACCAUCUACACCUCCCUCUACAACGAGCUGAGGAAGGUGGUGACCAUGGGGCGUCACAGCCAGCCCAGCUCCACCUCCUACCUGGAGGACCUGCUGUCGCACCUGUCGGAGCAGCUCUGCCACUUCACCCAGGCGCGCAUGGAGAUGGCCGACCUGUACGAGAAGAUGCACUCGCUGGGCAGCCAGAAGAGCAUCAACUCGGACGAGCUGGUCACCACGCUGGAGGCCGUGCUGCACAAGUACAGCUCCAAGUUCCACCACCCCAUCCUGGGCCGUGUGGAGGAGGGCUUCCAGACGGAGGUGGACGUCGUGACCCAGCUGCUGCGCUGCCAGGCUCAGGUGUCGGAGUGGCACUUCCUGCCGGCCCUGCUCAGUCUCCACGGCGCCAACACCAAGCUCACGGCCUGGGGUCAACUCUUCCAGCGGCAGAAAGAGACGCGCAAACAUCUGUUCGGAGGUCAGUCCCAGAAGGCCGUGCAGCCGCCGCACCUGUACGUGUGGCUGCAGCGCUUCCAGGCGGCGCUGCUCGCAAAGUUCAGCUUCUACUUCCACGAAGCCCUGAGCCGGCAGACGGUGCCCGCCGACAUGAGAGCCCUGACGACCCGCACCACGCCAGAUUACCACGGAAAGAUCAGCACCUUCAUCCGCAAACACGACGCCAGCAACGUGUCGCUGGUGUUUGACAACCGUGGCUCAGAAAGCUUCCAGGGCCACGGGUACCACCACCCGCACUCGUACCGGGAAGCCCCGAAGGGCGUGGAGCAGUUCCCCGCCGUGGUGUCCCUGCCGACGGGAGAGCGGCCGCUCACGCACUGGCCGAACGUCAUCAUGAUGAUGGGAGACCGCGCCGCCGAGCUCAACACUCUGGACAAGGUGGUGCACUUCUACGACGAUAAAGUCCUGAGCACGUACUACCUGACGCGGCCCGAGCCGCACUUCACUCUGGUCGUCAUCUUCGACGGCAGGAAGUCAGAGAAGGAUCUGCACAUCGCCGCCUUCCUGCAGGAAAUCUCCAGCUCGCUGCGGAACUCGAAACCCUUCAGCAUCCUGAAGCCCGGCUCCAAGGGCUGAGCGCCACGCAGACGCAGCAGGAAGUCGGAAAAGACGAUGAACUCAAAUGAAACCUGCUUAAAUAAUAAUAUCGAAGCACUUUGAUUUAAAAUCUUCUUGUUGAUUUGAAUCUCCAUUUUGCCAAAGACAUUUCGUUUUCUCUCUUAGAUCCGGACAGUUUGUCGUCAAAACUUUAUUUGAAAUUUCUCUAUGAUUUUAUUCAUUUUGCACCAUUGACUGUUUUAACAUGUUUACUUCUCAGUUUUAAAAGCUUCUAUUCAAAAGUUAAAUAAAGUUUUGUGACGACUGAAUAUCUGAACCUGAAAUAUUCAAGAUUUAUUACUUAACAUGAAAAUUAAAGUAUCGGUUCAGGGGUUACUUCAGUAUGAGGCUAUUGAUGAAAUCCAUAUUAAAUCCUGACUGAUUUAUUAUAUAGACUGACACUGUUCAAAUAUUUAUCUAUAUGUUGAACUGGUUUUACCCAAAAUUUGAGUUGGAACUAUAUGAGUCUCUCACAGACGUGUCAGUAGUUUGCUGAUAUGAAAACUUAUUUGACAGAAUUAACGAUGCAGGAAGUACACACGUGUGUUUGUAUGAUGACAAAAAGGAGCCACUAGCGUACAGAACACACUGGAGGUUUAUUGAGCGUUGGAACAAAACAUUCAGCGACGUUUCAUUAAAUAAAGGUUUCGUUCAGUUGAUGACUUGAA